CAAAGCUUGAAAUCUUUAGAUAAAGAAAUCAAGUGAAUUAUAUGGUUGAAAUAUGUAUGAUCGAUCAUAUUUACAAAUAGUUUUAGAUGCGUUAGAUUUGCUAUUGUUCUUUCAAUUACAAAUGGAUUGAAAUCCCAAUUAUAGUAUGGUCUGCCCCUGCCGGGUUGUGGUCAUACAUUCCGCAGUAACUUUCAAGGCAGAGACGUCGUAUUUUCGUGUAAAUUUGAAAUUCUGUUUUCUUACUAUUACAUUCAAAUUCCAUUCCAAUUCGCCAAUUUGAAUUCCUGAAUUUUUGUUAGUUUCACAAUCCUCUAAGCCAAAUGAAAACCCCAAUGUAAGAAAUUAAAAAUCAGUUGUUUAGGUGUUAAGUCAAAGAUGGUGAAGCUUACAAUGAUUGCCCGUGUUACUGAUGGUCUUCCUCUUGCCGAGGGACUAGAUGAUGGUCGUGAUUUGAGAGAUGCUGAAUAUUACAAGCAGCAAGCCAAAUCUUUGUUUAAGAACUUAUCAACACGACAGAAUGAGCCUUCGAGGAUGUCUGUUGAAACCGGUGCUUAUGUCUUUCAUUAUAUAAUUGAAGGGCGUGUAUGCUAUUUGACAAUGUGUGACCGUGCUUACCCAAAAAAACUUGCUUUCCAGUACCUUGAAGACCUUAAGAAUGAAUUUGAGCGUGUUAAUGGGGCUCACGUUGAAACUGCUGCUAGGCCAUAUGCAUUUAUCAAGUUUGAUACAUUCAUACAGAAAAUGAAGAAGCUGUACCAGGACACCCGUACCCAGCGGAAUAUUGCAAAAUUAAAUGAUGAACUUUAUGAAGUACACCAAAUAAUGACUCGAAAUGUUCAGGAAGUUCUUGGUGUGGGUGAAAAGUUAGAUCAGGUUAGUGAAAUGUCAAGUCGAUUAACAUCAGAAUCUCGCAUUUACGCUGACAAGGCAAAGGAUUUGAAUAGACAGGCUUUGAUUCGGAAGUGGGCGCCUGUAGCUAUCGUGCUUGGAAUCGUUAUUCUCUUAUUCUGGGUGAAAUAAAAAAUUUGGUAAGCCAGUUGCCAAUUCUUGUCUGGAUUAUUGUGAGGCUCCUCUUCAAUGCAUCGGUUUGCUGCUUCCACUUUUGGCUUAAUUCUCCAGAACAUGGAAUCCAUUUUUCAACUUCCAAAUUCGGAUUGCAGUUCAUCUUGAUCACUGAAUUAGAACACACGUUUUGUACAACAGGGGAAAGGCGCUCCCUCUUCCACAGUGAGGAUUCCCUCCGCUUAACAGUUAGAUUAGAGUAAAAAUUACAUCUUUUGUAUGACAAGGAUUGACCAUUUAUAGAUAUGUGUCUUUCUUUUCUCCACAUUUGUGGUGGGGGGUUGGGGGAUGUGGAUUGAACUGCAUUACUUCUGUUCUAUAUUUUCUACAGUAUGGUAUUCCUUCUGUGUUCUUUUACUUGAAUAAUAUUAAAUAAAAAUAUAAUGUUGCACACA